AGUAGCGUACUGUCUUGGAAAUCCUAGAAACUUCGCUAGACCUUGCGUCCACAAUCAUCACCAGAAAAUGAAUGUGGUUCAGUUCACCACCGCAACAGCGCAGCCGGCGCAGAUUUUGGUUCUGCAAGCCCCGCCCCCAACGCUGUUAUGCGAGGACAAUGCCACAGCUCCGGUGGUGACAAAGCAGGAGCAAGACCAAACCUCUGAAGACCCGCCUGCUUCCCCCAUCACGACCAAGUCCACCGGGCGCGUUGGCGGGAUCCUCGCGCGUGCGAAGGGGCAAAAAGCAGAAAGCACCAACACGCCAACGGCGACGCCAAAAAGCACCGGGCGGGUCGGUGGUCUCGUCGCGCGGGCGAAGCGUGCGGGGGUUGGUGCUACUUCAAGUGCGGCGGCGCGUGCGAAGCAGGUGAAGGGGAUUUUCCUGGCGCCCGUGUCGUCCAGUUUUCAGAAAACGGAGACUAGUCACACCACCGCCUCGCCGCCGGCCAAACCGGUGAAGAUGAUGAAAAGGGGUCGCACCCGCGUUUUGCGGGAAAUCGACAAUUUUUGGAAUUUGAUCCAAGUCGAAGGGGCGGUCGAGAAUCCGGGCGACCCCGCACCGCGGGCGCAAUACAACACUCCCCCGGCCACACUCAUCUUUGUGCUCAUCCCGCUGUUUUGGCCGCUGUUGGGGCCGAUGGUGAUGCGCGUCCGCGCUUUGCAGAACGCGCUGCCCAUGUAUCCCACAGAAAAAAGCAGGCAGGUCAUAUUUGUAACGCGAAAAUCGAUAAUUGUAUAUAGAAAAGAACUUGAGCUGCGGAUCCUAAACAUCAUGCUAUGUGGCUGCCCAUGAUAGAUUUUUCUGUGUCUUUAAUUUUGCAUUACCCUGCCACCUUUUUUCUGCGGGAUACCAGGGACGCAAUGCUCUGUGACCAGGCGGACUUGGAGCUGGUGUACAAGGCGCUGCGGGGGACGUGGUUUCUCGAGAGCGAGCGCGGUCCUGGGGCCGGCUACUACGGGGCAAUCAGACCAACUGUUACCCUCACCAUCAACGGAGUGACGGCGGAGCGCCAGGCCGAGUUAUGUUAGAAAAAAAACCGUCUGAGUGGUCCCAAACUUUUGCACACUGAGCAACUCACACUUGUUGCCGAAUUUAAGAGACGAGAUCUGUGAUGCAUAGAUGAAAGCUGACUUGGUUCUUGCAUGUCGAGUAUGUUGACCCCAGAAAACGUGCCUACUGCUGUUACGAGUUUAGACCACUUCUGAGACAGUUUUUUCUUACGAUGGCAGUUUCUCAUGGAGAAUGGCCCUGUGCGCGGACCUAAGCGCGCUCAAUUUUUCCAAUUUGCCAGGGCUGCGUCCGUAUCAAAUGGAAAUAUGAGUUGUUGCCUAGGUCUGGAAGAACUACCAAAGGUGAUCAUGAGUUGUCACAAAGAAAGAUGAUGUGGCUCAAAAGGACACGCACGGUGCCUCAAUCCACAGCCGCACAUGCACGAUCUUUGUUUUGCAGAUUGCGAAACAAGAAGUGGAGCCUUGUUGCGACAGAGUUUGUUCGACUCACGCCAAUGAAGCAUGAGGAGUGCAGCAAUCUUCCAGACCGGACACAUCCGUUUGCAAUGCAUAAUCGAAGCCGAAUGUGCUCUUCACCGAUGCCUUCGGUUCGCAUCUGCUCACGAAGAUAGAUGCGGCGAAUCCGAGUCCCGUCGAAAUCGAGCUCGCUACGAAUGUAUGCAUUGCAAAUAUGUCUCAACCUGGGAGACCUCAGCAUGCUGCGGAAUGCAUAUCGCUGGUUCUUUUGCGCGUCUUCGAAACUCUGUCACGCUUCUUGCCUGAGUGUUCUGUGCUGUUUUUUUUUUGCAUUUGUCAUUGAUUUCGAUAGACAAACACGGCAAUUUUCCAGGGCUAGACAUAGUUGCAUUUGAUAGAGCUCGUUAAUGGCCAGCGGGGAUCAAACGACGUUUUCGAAAUGGGUUCGCAAGAAUCCGAACGCAGCUUCGUAAGAAGCGGGGAUGAGUCUUCGAACUUUUUUACUUUCGAAAGGCAAAAAAUUUCUCAUUUUGCUCUGAGAGGCGCUUUUGCUUCUUUAGAAGUGAUUGUUUGAAUUAAGGCGUUUUUCCAUGAUGAGAUGAGCAACCCUUCUUGGGCUUGUUUGGACCAAUCGCGUCCUGCUACUGAGGUUUUCGUUAACAUAGGAAAGGAAAAUGCAGAUGAAAGGCGAAGUAUACCAAUCUGACUUUUUUGAAUGAAGCCGGAUUCAAGGUGAAUAUUGACGAUUUCCACUUUUUACUGAAACAUGCCUAUAUUCAUAAGGUGUUUCGUGUCACGCGCUGCACGCCCUGUUAGCAUCGUGUCAACGUUCAUCGUGCAAGACGAGCCACCGUGUCAAUGUACAAAAGUUUUUGAAGACUCUUUCGCUGCUUUACUUGUGUGACAUAAAUGUGUCCGCAAGCAAGUUUCGCUGCUUCGGUAGAUUUUAUUUUUUUUGCUAAAAAACAUAAAUCAUGUGCUUCUGUUAGGAUUUCCUAGCGCUAGCAUAAAAUGCAAAUAGCUGGGGAGUCCUCGGCUUUCUAAAUGUAAAUGCUUGUCUUUUCACAACUACGUGUCACCUCUUCUCGGGACGCAGUCCCAAUGAAUCCGUGUGAUUUGUAAGAACUGGUAUAUUUUCAAUGUUUUUCAGCACGCUAUGGAUUUUGUUUUUUUCAGUAGCAUAAGCAUUUGCAUCGUCAACUAACAUAAAGGACUGCUUCAAAAGCGCAUACACGUUUCCAUAUACAGCAUCUACCCUUUUUGGUAGAAGAUCAAAUCCUCCGAACGAAUCUCGCGCAUACCGACUUGAAGAUUGACAACUGCUUGAUUUGGUCGUGCAUCAUGAAAAAUUGACAUCGGUACUGCAUUUUACCCGCGGCGGAAGGAAGUUGUCGGAGACGAUGGUGUGUGCCUUUAUGCGUGGUGAUUUUCUUGUUCUCGCUCAAGCAACAGCGGGACGGGUGUGGUGGCACGAGGGAGCGCUUCAAAACAUGGCAGCAAGGUAUACGAGGUUUGUAAAUGACUUGUGCUUCAGGUUGAGGUUUGCGUGUCAUAGCCAGAAGAAAACACUCGAGCGGAUUCAAAUUGACGUGGUUACAAAGCGAG